AUGGCAGCGCCUCGGCGUGGGGGAGGCCAAACCAAUUACAGCUAUAAUGCUAAUUCGGCGAAUAACAAGCAAGCCCAGCUCACCAACGCAUACCAAGAAUUGGCAAAAGAGCUGGGCACGGACAAGCUGAAGGUAGUCGGAGGUUAUACAUUGGGACGUGUUAUUGGCGAAGGCACAUACGGCUCUGUCCAUAUCGCUACUCAUCGAUUGACCGGUACUCGCUGUGCGAUCAAGAAGAUACCGAAAUCUUUUACUCCUCAUCUCACGAGGGAAAUCCACCAUCACCGAAGACUUCAUCAUCCUUCUGUUGUCCACCUUCACGAGAUCAUUGCUACAGAAUCACAUAUAUGGCUAGUUACGGAACUAUGUAGUGGCGGAGAACUGUUUGAUUACCUGGUGGAAAGAGGGAGGAUGCUAGAAGGCGAGGCAAGGAAGCUGUUUGGCGAAUUGGCUAUUGCAGUAGGAUGGAUGCAUCGUCAAGGAGUGGUUCAUCGAGAUCUCAAGCUAGAAAACGUUUUGCUGGACGGAGAGCUGCGGAUCAAGCUUGGGGAUCUAGGUUUCGUUAGAGAAUGGCAAAGAGGGAGAUUAAUGGAGACCUUUUGCGGAACUACAGGUUAUGCAAGUCCAGAAAUGUUAGCUGGAAGAAAAUACACAGGGGUGGAGACAGACAUCUGGUCAAUGGGGAUCAUACUGUACACGUUGCUCUGCGGCGGUCUCCCUUUUGAUGAUGAUGAUGAGAGGGUUAUGAAGGAUUUGAUCAUGAAGGGAGAAUACGAGGAACCAGAAUGGCUGAGCGACGAGGCUCGAUCCCUCAUAAGAGGAAUGCUUCAACAAGAACCCUCACAGCGAUUCACAAUUGUAGACAUCCUCACCCAUCCUUGGUUCAAAAUGACGAUCAUUGAUCGGAUUCAAGGUCAUGCUGGAGACUCUCAUUCUAUCCCUCCUUCUCCUCUACCCCUCAGCCCUGGAUCUGGAGACGAAUUUUUCGCCGAACCCUUUUCCAAGAAUGCCGCUGGAGGUCCAUCUCGAAUGACUCCUCAUAUGUCUCAACCAUCACCUUUGUCUAUGCACACAUCCACAGUCCCACAAGCAGAAUCUGAACCAUCGGAAACUUCAGGUGCUGAUAGCGAGCAUGGAAAACCAGAAAGCGAAGGUACCACACCUCCAACCACCGCCGAGGAAGAUGACGAAGAUGAAGUAGUCCCACCGGUACAUCGUGUCAAUAGUAGCGAGUUCAGCGCGACUGAGAAAGCGCUCGAGUUACUUCAUCCAAAUAGCAGUCAAUCAACUAUACGUAGACCCGGUUCUGGCUCCCCACAAUCGUCCGCGGGAUCAUACUUUAAAGGUAGAAUAGCAAUGAAAACUCCCCUAGAAGGUCAGAAAGAGGAGGAUGAGGAAAACGAGGAUGGCGAUGCUGAUCCUGGUCUACCGGCUGUGGACGAUCACUCGUUACAUCUUCCUGUCGCACAACAUUCUCGAACGCCCUCACGGACCAAACGACGUUCUGUUUCAUCUACCAUGUCAGUGGAACGUCGUCAUUCUCACCAUAGCAUGUCUGGUCAGUGGCAAAGAUAUCACCCGGAAGAUUUCCUGGCCAAGCUCAACAAUGAGCAUCCGCCUCCUUUCUCCACACCCUCUGAGAAAUACCUCCUCAACCAACUCAAUGACAUGGGCAUCGAUAUCGGUCAGCUCAAGCAUUCGGUGGAAAGCGAUGCAUGCGAUUCUAGUGCAGCCAUCUGGUGGAUACUACGAGUCAAACAACAAGAACGAGGAGAGACCGAUGAGGUUAUAGUUGCUCGGGAGGCAUCGAAUGCGCGAAAACGGGAACAAGUAGCUGCAUAUACCAGAGAAGAGAGAAGAAAGAUUAGAGAAGCGGCGAAGGAGGCUGCCAGCAAAGAGAAUUCUUCCGAUGUCCGACCAUCUGCAGUCACUUUCGAUGAUGAUCCAUCAUCAAUCCCAGCUACGCCAUCUUUCACUGUCAUGGAUCUGGGUGCACCAGUAACCAGUCCACCAAAUCGACCACUCUUCGCUUCGCCCGAUGAACUGAUUGCUACCUCCGCUACAACAUCUGCAGAAGCUUUCAAUCCCAGCAUACCACAAUCUUUUGAGCUGAAUCCUUCUCCAGGCACUCUCGCACAUGAAGCCUCCAAACCGCCCUCCACUCCGCCUCGACCUUCCGCCCAACGGGACCUAGUAUCUUCUCCAGACAUGUCACCCGCUCGUGACGAAGAAACUCGGAAUAAGAGGAGGUCUCCUUCGAUUUCUAUGUUGCAGAGAGCAACGUCGGCAUGGGUAGGUGGAGGGAAGAAAGUAGAAGAACGGGAGAAAGCCGGAACAGACUCUCCAGUGUCACAGAAGGAAGAUAAGCGAGCUACUUCGCCUACCAAACUCCUGAAGCAGCCCCCUAAAUCCAAAAUAGUACCUAGGAGUGACAGCGACAGCAACAUUGCUGGCCCCUCCCGGCCUUCUCCAGCGCCUACACCACCUUUGAUCACUACUCCACUGUCUACACCACAGCGAGAAGCGCAGAUGUCCUUCGGUAGAUCUUCUCAGAAUCUAGAUGCAGCGGUCGAUUUGUCUGAAGAUGCACAUCUAUCGACCUCGACUGGUUCCAUCACUGCCGAUCAACUGGUCUCGGGAUCCAUUUCCAAACAAAAUAAGAACCCAAAGCGCGAUAGUCUGUGGACGACAUUCCGACAUUUAUUCAACGAGGAUAAGCGACGCAGGAAACGUGAUGUAGCAGGGUCUCCUCUGGCUUCCGAGGUCAAGAUGGCUCCUGCAGUAGUGUUGACCCGAGGUGCCAAUAGUCGGGCUCCACAUAUCAAUAGGACACCUUUACUCCCACCUGGAUCCCGGCGAGCAUCGCUUGAUGGACGGCCGACUAUGCAUUCCAGACGCUCCAGUAGCGUCAAUUCGCGCCGAUCUUCAUUUGAAGGACACAAUUUGCAAGAUGUGCCCGAACUCGGCGGUCUAUACAGAAGGACAAGUCAAAGAAGUCAUGGAAGCCAAACGCCAACGUCUGAUCGAGAGUAUGUUGAUUUCCCGUCUCGUCCUGGGUCAUCACAUUCUUUACAGAGGGGUAGCAGUCGAAGGUCUUCAAUGUCAAUGAGGUCGCCAUCACUCAUACCAGAUAACGCGUCUGGUCGGUUCAAAUCGAAUGGCGCGCCAGCUUCACCGCUACAUAAUUAUCGACGGAGACCACCAGGAGGAAGUGACUCAUCUAGAGUUCGGCAUAUUAGAGUUAUACCUGAAACACAAGUACUAAGGCCAUCUUCUGUGGCCUCCAGUAUCAAGUCCAACGCUUCUAGUCGUGCUUCAUCCCUGGACAGAGCAAGAGACAGAGAUAGCGAAAUCGACGACAGUGGACGUGAUGAGACAGCUUCUCUGCGUUCUCAGCGUCGUCGGAAAAAGGAAGGGAGACAACACUCUCUCGCCCAGCAAAUUCACCGAACUCGAUCACCUCUUUCUGCACAAGCUAAACAAGCGAAAAAGGGGCCUAUACGGGAUGUAUUCCAGAAAAAACAGGAUGAAGAUUGGAUUUCAGAGGAAGAGGAGGAGUACGCUGGAGGGCUAGGGCAAGCAGGUGUAGGAGCGAGUACAGAAAAAAUGUGGUACAAAGGUACAAGAGCUGCUGCUUUCCCAAAUGCAAGCACUUCAGUCAAAGUCCUUACACCCGCCGGCAAACGCAGGGAAAGAGGAAGAAAGAAUAGUUUGGAGGAGAAACAGGAUAAUGAGAAGGGUAAAGUCAAGGAGCCUACAGGAUUAGGCAUUGGCAUGGAAAACCUGGGAGGUGGAAGUAGAGUCAGAAGGGGCUUACCACCUGGUAGAUCAGCAGCAACCGUUAUAGAAGAGGAAGAGGAGGAUGAGGAGUAA